UGGCACCAUUUUUGCGAAGUGGCCAUGUCGUUGCUUGCAUCAGAAACUCAUGCUAAGGUCGCUGCUGUUCAAAGCUCUUUGCAAGUAGUGGAGAAGCAUUUGGCCCCUCUGCUUUCCAAGACUUCGAAGGAGGUGGGGCGUCAUUUGGAAGCUCUGGAGAACGCCGAAUUGCAGGUAAGUCUUGCGUAUGCAGCAGCUUCUUUGUACUUCUGUCACUUACUGUCACAAGGAGUGGAUCCAAGCGAUCAUCCAAUUCGUCAGGAAUUGGAUCGGAUUCAGCUUUACUUCAAAAAGGUUCGGACAGCAGUGGAAGGAGCAGCAGAAAAGGAAGUAUCUCGAGAGCGAGCUCGUGUGGAUGUUGACGCUGCGAAGCGCAUUGUCCAGCACUUCGCUCAUGCAGCCGAGGCUUCUGCCCAAAGACGAAAGGAUGCGCCCGGAAGCGCUGAGGCAACUGGUGGUCUCCAGGCUGCUGAACCGCGGAAGCCUGUUGAGGCCCCACCUGCAGAGAAGCCUGUUGAGGUGAGACCCGCCGUGAAGGCCAAGAAAAAGAUCAAGAAGACUCUGAAGCCCAAGCCCAAAGACGGCCAGAAUAAGCCCAAAACUGGCCCCAAAGGUGGCAUCUGACCAAAAUUCCAAAGGUCACUAGAGAACUGACUGAUGCGAUGCGAAAUAAAUUGAGUGGUUGAACCGACUUCAAUCAGCACUUCCAGAUUGAACCAGGUUUUGGUCUCUGUUGUGGCAGUUGUGGAAGCUGAAAGCUUUCAAAGCCUCAGUCCACAGAGUCUACUAGUGUCUACCAGCUUGUCACAAAAUGAGGGGCGAUGUCAGGCAAGCAGCC